AUGGAGUACUGUCUGGAGCGUCUUCAGAAUGAUAAGGAAAAAUUAGAAGAUUUUGUGAAGACAACACGUACGAUGAGGAGGGUGUUUGAGCAAGAUCCGGUUAAUACUAUUGCAUUGGAUGAAAGUGAUGAAGCUGUGUUUAGGCUAUUUGGGGUUAGUAUUCCAGAACACAUUGAAGUUAAUGUCCCACCAGUGAUACAUAAUAAAGGGAGUGGGACUAAGAAAUGGAUGGUUAGUGCAGCGGAGAGGGCAGCUGCAUCUUCAAAAAGUGGUUCACGAAAGUGCACAGGAUGCAACUUAUAUGUGAAUCAUAAUUGGAGGACUUGCAAAUCAGCUGUCAUGUAUCCUGGUUGCAGCAUCCUUCAAUAG